AAAAUGUCCGCGCAUAGAUAAAUAUUAACACGUUCGAGAUACGAGAGAAUCAAUAAUUUGUAAUUAAGUGAAUUUAAUGGAAUUAUUUUCAUCGUCAUUUAUCAAGACUCAUAUUAUGUAUUUCUGUUAAAGGAAUCUGUACGGUGUGAUACGAGGCACACCAAAUUAUAGAACUAGAAUUUGAGGUUAGGAUCAUUUAAGAGUAUAUUUUCUCGAGAUAUAAAUAUGCCUACUUGGAAUCAGAUUCAAGCUCAACUGCGCAAUCCAAAUAAUCCAGUAGUAUUUUUUGAUGUAUCUGUGGGUACAACAGAAAUUGGUCGUAUGAUUUUUGAGCUUUUUGAAGAUGUAUGUCCAAAGACUUCGGAAAACUUUCGACAAUUUUGUACCGGAGAGUAUAGAAAGGAUGGCGUACCAUUAGGAUUCAAAGGUGCUAUAUUUCACAGAGUGAUUAAAGACUUCAUGAUACAAGGAGGAGAUUUUGUAAAUGGUGAUGGUACAGGAGUAAUUAGUAUCUAUGGUGGUGGAACUUUUCCUGAUGAAAACUUUACAUUGAAACAUGACUCGCCAGGAUUACUUUCCAUGGCAAAUAGUGGAAAGGAUACUAAUGGUUGUCAAUUUUUUAUUACAUGCGCUAAGUGUAAUUUUCUAGACGGAAAGCAUGUGGUUUUUGGAAGAGUGAUAGAUGGCUUAUUGGUCAUGAGAAAAGUAGAAAAUGUUCCUACUGGACCAAAUAAUAAACCAAAGAUACCUGUAACGAUAUCUCAAUGUGGUCAGAUGUAAAGUGAACUUUUUUUAUUAUUUAUAAAGACUGUUGUCCAUAACAGAUUUAAUAUUAUCAAAAAAAAAAAAAAAAAGAUAUCAUUUUAUUAUCUAAAGGAUACAUAACUGAAAAUAUAUUUUAAUACAAUUUAUACAAAUUGUAUCAUUGACUUCAAUCUGUAUCCUUAUUAUCACCCUUAAUACUACUAAACUAUAUUUCACAUAUUGCCUAUAGCUAUUCUGUAAUAUCCAAUUUCUAUAAAUUGUUAAUUAUGAUCUACUUAUUAGAUUAGUUUAAAUAAUCUUUAAGAUUAUAACUAAUUUAAAUUACA